AUAAGAUUCAUUGGAAAUUUAGAGAACCAGGGAAUUAUACUCCAAUCAAUGUUACCUAGAAUUCCACUUCGGGAAGGUGACCCCAAGCUGAGUGUCCCUUUACUUCGUUAAUCAUUUCCAUGUUAUAAUUCCCAACUUAUUAAAAUGGAUGGCCACUUGCAGCUGAUGUUCCGAGUAUCUACAUGGUACCUGUUAUUAUGCGCCACCACAGAAUGGAUAAUAUCGGUGUCGGCAACAGCAACCUCUCACCCUCCCCGAGCAGACAUCUCCGCGUGCAAACUAGCCGCUAAUAACGAUGUGUAUCUCAGCGCGGGGUUCGGAUACGAGCUCAACUGCGCGCCCAGCACCGGGACCUUAAACGCAUUCAUGAUAUUCGUCGACUUCGCCGACGAACCAGCUAUCGAAACCCCGCAGAGCUUGCACGAUUUCUUCUUGCCUGCCGCCGCGGAAUGGUAUGCAACGUCAUCGUACGGCGCGCUGACCCUGGAUGUGACCGCCGAUACCUCCCGGUUCUACCGUAUGCCCGCCGCCGCCUCGUCAUACGGAUGGGCGCGGGGCUUGAGUUACGAAACUCAUCAGAAGUAUAUCCAGGACGCGUUAGAUGCGUAUAACGCGACCAUACCGCCAACGGAUGUGCUGUACGUCGUGCCGACUGCUAACGCGGCCUCCAUUUCCUUUUCGCCCACCUUCAUGGGCGACGUCCAGACACGUGCUGGUGUAUACGUCGCUAAGAAAUCGGUGACGUUCGGCUUGGAUGCGUAUAAGACCUGGAAGUAUCUGGUCUUGAAUCAUGAGACGGGCCAUACCAUGUGUCUGCCCGAUUAUUACCCCUUUAAUGGGAGCGCGACCGGGUUGUUUAUAGGUGGUUGGGACUUGAUGGGACUUAUUAGUGGACCAAGUCCCGAUUACUUCGCGUGGGAUAAGUGGCGAUUAGGAUGGCUAUCUGAUGAACAGAUUAACUGUGUCGCUGAGUCGGGCUCGACAACUCAUACGUUGACACCUCUAGAAGAAGCAGGAGGUUCGAAAGCUGUGGUUAUCAAGCACAAUGGUACGAACGUGUUGGUCGCGGAGCUACGAUCGGCGAGUGAUCUUGAUUCGGCAUCGUGUUCGACGGGUGUGCUCCUUUACACCGUUUCCACCACUACGGCUACAGGAGAAGGUCCCGUUCGGGUAUUGGAUGCAACUCCUGGGUCGAGCGGCUGUGCUGGAGAUAAGUUAAAUGAUGCUGUAUUGUCUCUGGCGGGAACGAGCGAAUAUACCGUCUCAGGGUGGGGUAUCAAGGUUACGGUUUUGAGCGAAUCGAGUGAUGGGACUGAGAUCAAAGUCGAUGUUUCGUAGGUAGAGAAUCAGAAAUCUCAACUUGUAAAAAUCAACAUUCUGUAGGUAUAUGCCUCUCAGCCUCUGGCAACGAUCACCGCCUGUUAUAAUUAAUUAUGAGUUGUCUACCUAGGUAGAAUUUCCUAAUAUGGAAUGAUACCUAGAUGUCAUUGGUCGUUUCAUUGUGCGGCGCGGUGUUUGCUUGUGGCACAGUUGUUGGAAAUAUUAUAUCCACCUAGGUUGGCUUGCGGUAAUAAAAGAGUCAAAUCGACCAGACUUAGGUACCUAUUAUAUCAGCCGGUUGCACAGAGAGAUAAAUUUCGUGGCUGAGACAUAGGCUGUCUAGGUAAUUCGACCUCCGGAAAUGAGGGCUGCCCAGAUUUUAUUUCCUCGGACUUGGAACCACUCUUCCCUAUGCAAGUUUCGUAUAUUAGCACACUUUCAAACAGACCGUC